AUAGGUACCUACAUGUCGAGAACGAUUAAAACUUAGAUUAUGCCUUAUUGUUUUCUUUUACAGUGGUUUCUAUGUGUGCUAAGAUAAUGUUAAUUACCUAUAAAUGCGACAUUCUCGAUUUCAUUUCUCAUUUGACUUUUCUAUUAAACAUACGUGUAGGCUAGAGCUGUCAAGGGAUUAUAAUUAGUCCUGUAGUUAGAGUCCAGACUCUAGAGAUUUGACUACGCUUGUGAGUUGUGACUUGUGACAAGUGAUUAAAAUGGAGACUGCAAUACCGAAGAUAGUAGUCGUUGGAUCUUGCAGCGUUGAUUUUACUACAUAUGCACCUAGACUUCCCUUACCUGGAGAAACUUUACAUGGAACAAAGUUUACGACUAGCUUUGGUGGCAAAGGUGCAAAUCAAUGUGUUGCAGCUGCCAAACUAGGUGGAAAAGCAUACAUGAUAGCUAGGGUUGGUGACGACUACUGGGGAAAACAAUAUAUUGAUAAUUUAACGAAAUUCGGUAUAAACGCUCAACAUACAAAAAUAACAAAAGGCAUUACUACUGGUAUCGCUCAAAUUUCCGUAUCAGCUAAUGGAGAAAAUCAAAUUGUUAUUGUAUCUGGUGCUAAUAACUACCUUAGUAUCUCAGAUAUAAAUGAAACCCAAGAACUCAUAAAAAAUGCUGAUAUUAUAAUAAGUCAAUUGGAGACACCAAUUGAGACAACGUACCAUGCCUUCAAAUCCUGUAACGGAAUACGACUACUUAAUGCAGCACCGGCUAGUACAAAUAUAAAAGAUCUUUUAGAGCACUGUAACAUACUAUGUGUAAAUGAACCAGAGGCAUCUUUUCUAGUCGGCUUUAAUGUAGAUGUGUCCAAUAUCAAAAAUGCACUAAGGAAGCUUUUAGAGUUAGGCUGUCAAACAGCCAUCAUCACACUUGGUAAUAAGGGUGCUGCAUAUUGUAAGAAAGACGAUGAUCUUUAUGUUCAUGUACAGUGUACAAGAGUUGUCCCAGUCGAUACAACAGGAGCUGGAGACGCAUUUGUAGGGGCGUUAGCAAAAUUUCUAGUAAGCCAUAAGAAAACUCCUUUGCAUCAAAUUGUUGGAGCCGCCUGUGACGUGGCUACAAAAUCAGUUAUGAAAGAAGGAACACAGCCAAGCUUUCCCGACAACUAUAACCCUUUUCAAGUUCUUUAUGAAUACAUUAUUUUAUAAUUCUAUAUUUUUCCUUACAUUUUCAUUGUUUUCUACUACUUUUACAAAAAUGCGUCCAGAGCAUAAAUAAAAAUCACCAUAAUGCCAUAACGACUUUUAUUUCCUAUAAACAAUGUCCCAAUCACUAUAACUAAUAUUAAUUUUUACGUUAAUUAAAUAAAUCCUAAUCCAAAUAAAAUAUAGUGCACACAGAUACAAUAAGAAAAUUGUAAGUGAUUCGACGUAUUAUGUAAAUACCUCAUUAAUAACUUUAUAUUUUCUACCCUAUUACGUACGUGUAUUUGUACGCACUUAAAUAAAAUAUACGUUCCUACUAUUCUUUUUAUAUUGUAAGACCUUAAAAUAUUAGUGACCUAAUAUAGACAAUAUAAAACUUGACAAAAGGGUAGUUUUGUUAUGAACUUCAAUGACGUAACCAAAUGUAGUAAUCUAUGAAGGUAGUUGCUUCUGUGGAAUUGGAUAGCAUUAUGUAAGAUUAAAAAGUCGAAAUAUACUUUAUAUUUAAUGUAUGCGCGUCUUCAUAAUUUUUACGCUUUACACAAAAUAGCCCAUACUUUUUUUGAAUAAAUAUUAGUUUAAUCAAACAUGCUAAUUUAUACGGUAAUCGAUUACUAAAGAGUGGUGUCGUGUAUGGACAGCCUUACUAUUUUCUUUAACAGUUUAAGUUUUUAUAAUAUAACAUAUAUAAUAAGAUAUAAUGAGAAAUAGGGGUUACUAAUUUUGUUAGGAAUUAAUGUUAGAAAAAUUUUGGGGUUGCUAGUUACAAAAACUGUAAUGAUUUACAGAUUAAAUAAAUAUUAUAAUUGUAGGACUCAACUCAAUGUCCAUGAGGGACAACGGACCAAUCUGAAUUAAUAAAUAUCUUAUUCUUAAACAUGCUUUCAUAUAGAUACAUAUAAGAAAUUUUUAUUUUAAUAAC